AUGGAGAAGCGAGGGCCGGCAACGGGGACGCUGCUGCCUGGGGUCCUGCUGGCCCUACUGGUGGCCUUGGUGGGCCGAGGGGCCGCCGCACCCAACGGCACGCGACCGGCCGAACUGGGGCGCGGCUGGGACGGCCUGGUGGCCCGCUCGCUGGCGCGCCUGCCUGUGGCCGCGCAGCCCCCGCAGGCGGCUGUCCGUAGCGGUGCAGGGGACUACCUGCUGGGCCUCAAAAGAUUGCGGCGGCUCUACUGCAACGUGGGCAUCGGAUUCCACCUGCAGGUGCUGCCCGACGGCCGCAUCGGCGGCGUGCACGCGGACACCAGCGACAGUCUUCUGGAGCUCUCCCCGGUGCAGCGGGGCGUGGUGAGCAUCUUCGGAGUGGCCAGCCGAUUCUUCGUAGCCAUGAGCAGCAGGGGCAAGCUCUUCGGUGUGCCUUUCUUUACCGACGAGUGUAAAUUCAAAGAGAUUCUCCUGCCCAACAAUUACAACGCCUAUGAAUCCUACGCGUACCCGGGCAUGUUCAUGGCUCUCAGUAAGAACGGGCGGACCAAGAAGGGGAACCGCGUGUCGCCUACCAUGAAGGUAACCCACUUCCUGCCUAGACUGUGACCCUCCGGAGCCCUGCCUCAGCCUCGGAAGCACACUCUACCCCUCAGGAGGAGCACUUUCUCUCCAUGGAGAAUUGUUUGCAAAAACAGGUGUAAGAUAUUUAAAUUAAUUAUUUAAAUAUGUAUAUACGGAUGCCCAAUUAUUUAUAAUAAACUGUGUAUUUUCAGUUUCUGGGAGGUGGGGGAAAUGACCAAAAGAACAAACAGAUCCAAUGAAGCUCAGACUUUUUUGGGGCAGCGGGGACAGACUUCCUUCACUAUCAGAACUCAGG